CAACAAACACACACUCCGAAGUUUUAUUACCCUGUUUUGAAUAAAUACUUUAACACUGAUGUUAUAGAAAGCCUAAAUUAUAUUUUGCUUUUGUUACUUUUGUAUAAGAAAUUAUUUGAAGCGUCAUUUUAAAGUUAGAUGCGAAUGUCAUCCAGUGAUGAUCUGUUGCAUAUGAGGCUGUUCAAGAAAGUAUACAUGAUAUGGAAUUAUACAAUUUUUUUGCUGGUAUCAAUGGCAAAGCAGAUCUCCCGAAGAAUGAACUGAAAGACUUCUCAUUUACUUUAAAUGAUCUUUGGUUGUUGGGAAAGCGUUAUAACGUUGUUCAUGACAUAGAAGAUAUAAGAAAAUUGAUUCGCAGCAAAAUAUGGUUUUCAUACAGAUCAGGUUUUCCUGCCAUUGGUGGAACAGGUCCAAAAACUGACAAAAAUUGGGGAUGUAUGUUAAGAUGUGGCCAAAUGAUUAUGGCUGAAGCUCUCAUUUGCAGACACCUUGGUAGAGGUUGGAUUUGGGAACCAGGAGUUGUGGAUCCUGUGUAUGCUGCUAUUUUGAAAAUGUUUCAGGAUCGAAAGGAUUGUCCUUAUUCCAUUCAUCAAAUAGCACAGAUGGGUGCAUCAGAAGGGAAAGUGGUUGGUCAGUGGUUUGGACCUAAUACGGUAGCUCAAGUUUUGAGGAAAUUAUCAGUAUUUGAUGAGUGGAGUUCUUUGGCAGUUCAUGUUGCAUUUGAUAAUUCUGUGAUAAAAUCAGACAUUAAAACAUUAUGUAAAUAUGUUCCAGAACCCUUAACAUCGAGUCCUUUUCCGAAACAGUAUCAAACUGUUUGGUACACAGAUUGUGUGGAAGGAAAAUGCCCAAGAUAUCAAAGUAUUACGUCUGGGAGCUGUGAUUUAAAUUCUUGGCGGCCCAUGCUCCUCUUCAUUCCUCUGAGAUUAGGCUUACAAGCCCUGAAUCCCCUUUAUUGUGAAAGUUUAAAGAACACAUUUUGCAUGAAGCAAAGUCUAGGCAUCAUUGGGGGAAGGCCUCGACAUGCUGUGUGGUUUAUAGGAUAUUCAGGUGAUGAAUUGAUCUGCUUAGAUCCUCACGUGGUACAGGCAACAGUGGACCUGGAUCACAAAGCCUUCGAUGACAGCUCUUAUCAUAUUCCUUACGCUGGAAGCAAAAGAAUGCUCAUGGCAGAUAUAGAUCCUUCAUUAGCACUGUGCUUCUUCUUUGAGUCUGAAGAAGACUUUGAAGAUUGGUGUAAAUUUUCUCAACGAAUUCUAGGCACAGCAGAAAAACAGCACCUUUAUGAAAUUAUGGAUGAGAGGCCAGAGCAUUGGCCACCUCUGGAAUUGAGACCUGACAUAAAUUGUAGUAGCUGCUGUCUAGAAUACUUUUUUGUGGACGAAAAUACUGGAGAAGUGUCAGAAGAAGAUUUUGAGAAAGUGGAUGCCGUUUCCUGUACAAUGAACAAAUCAAGACCUAAUUCCUGAAUUACAGUUCUUAAAAUAAUGCGUAACAAUAUUGUGAAUAAAAUAUUUAUAUUAGCUUUUAA